AUGAGUUAUCCCGCAUUCAAUACGGGUUAUCAACCGAGACCUGCAUAUCAGGGCUGGCCAACCGCUAAUCAUCAUUUUAUGGGUCCCGGAACCUAUGUAAACAAUGGAGCUUGGCCGACAUCAGGUGGCCAUCAAUCAUAUUAUGGUUUGUUGGAUCGUAGACCAGCUUCACAGGAUUACGAUUAUCACACAGAAACGGAUUUGCACGCACCCUCUCUGAGUACGGAUGAUCUUUCCUAUCAACAGACAAGCGAUGCUGGCCGGGCAAAGGGAUCCAAGAAAGGGUCUGGUAUUUUUAAGGGCAUCAAGAAAAAUAACUCAUCUUUAAUAAGUGCUUUGACCUUAUUGUCUUUUUUCUUUUUUCUUAACAUACUAAACAAUUGCAUACGAGAUCAGAUGGAUUCGGUAAAUCCAACGGUCAUGGUAAUGACCGCCAAUUUAAAACGCAAAAGCAAUAAAAUGGAUAUAACGAAUUCCCGGCAACAAUCGUCAGCGGAAAACUUAGCAGCGGCCGUUUCGGCCGUGAAACAUACUAAGCACGUCAGCAGUACAGAACGUUAUAGAGAUUCAUUGGAUUCGAUAUCUUCAUCACCUUUUAGUCAUUUACCCGUAAAUCCGUACGCAAUAACAACGCAACAGCAAUUUCAAUCACCUUAUCUGGAACAACAUCCCGAUUCUUAUGAUUCAGGGGAAAGAUACAUAAAUUCCACGCUAGGAUAUGAAAAUUAUUUUCAAUCUAAGGUACCCGUGCAAAUUACCAAUAAACCUCUAAUGCCGCUUAUAAUGCAAAGACCUAAUCAUCGGCCCGUUGAAGUUUCUUCUUAUGAAGAAAAUGAAUAUCCUUACCAUGAAUCGGAAUCGUCAUCAUCAUCAUCAUCACACACACAAUCGUAUAUAAAUUCUAAUUUCCCUUGGGCUCUUAAACGAUCAUCGGUCUCGUCAUUCAAUCUAGGACCUUAUAGAAGAGCAUCAAUUGUCUCUGUAACUCCCACCGCGAAAUGGACCUUGAUUACUACAACCAAUAAUAAUAAAUAA